UUUGUAGUAGAGGUCGAGACACGAAGGGGAACGUUGCGUGAGAGUAUCAGUACGGCUCGGGCUUUAGUCGGAUCGAGCUCUGGCCUCUACUUUCUGUUCUCUCCACCUCGCUGCAUCGUGUGAAUAAAACAAGAAAUUGGAGAAUAACAAUCAUCGAUAGAUAUCGAAGUUAUAACGUUUACAACGAAUAACUAGAAACGUUCAAAAAUAUAUCUAUAAUCUAUAAGAAAGUUCAAGUUAUCGAAGAUGCAAUCAAUAAGAGCCCAGCAAGCCUUGUUAAGGCACAAAACGAUACUACAAACAUGGAGAGUCAGCAAGAAUUUAUUCGCCAGCGAUGUUCAGUACAAACCUAUAAGAAGCGUUUUGGUGGCAAAUCGAGGAGAGAUUGCCAUUCGCGUUUUUCGUGCCUGCACCGAACUCGGCAUUCGUUCGGUAGCUAUUUAUUCGGAACAAGACAAGAUGCAAAUGCACCGGCAGAAGGCCGAUGAAGGUUACUUAGUUGGAAGAGGCUUACCGCCGGUCCAAGCUUAUCUCAAUAUACCGGAGAUUAUAAAAGUAGCUAAAGAGAAUGACGUCGAUGCCAUUCAUCCAGGCUACGGUUUCCUCUCAGAGAGAUCAGAUUUUGCUCAAGCUGUGAUCGAUGCUGGAUUAAGAUUCAUCGGACCUAGUCCGAAGGUCGUUCAACAAAUGGGGGACAAGGUGGCGGCCAGACAAGCUGCUAUAGCAGCUGGAGUACCAAUCGUUCCAGGAACGGACGGUCCAGUAAGGACUACCGACGAAGCCAUGGAAUUUUGUAUGAAACACGGUCUUCCCGUAAUAUUCAAAGCUGCUUAUGGAGGUGGAGGGCGAGGUAUGCGUGUCGUCAAACAGAUGGAAGAGGUUCGUGAAAUGUUCGAACGUGCCUCGUCCGAGGCAAAAGCAGCUUUUGGAGACGGUGCUAUGUUCAUCGAGAAGUUCAUCGAAAGACCAAGACAUAUCGAGGUACAAUUACUCGGUGAUCAAGCUGGUAAUGUCGUUCAUCUUUACGAACGCGAUUGUUCCGUUCAACGUCGGCAUCAAAAGGUUGUGGAAAUUGCACCUGCGCCACGAUUGGAUGUCAAAGUAAGGAAUAAGAUGACCGAAUACGCCGUAAAGCUAGCAAAACACGUUGGUUAUUCGAAUGCCGGUACUGUCGAGUUUCUAGCCGACGAAUCAGGAAACUUUUACUUCAUCGAAGUAAAUGCUAGACUACAGGUUGAGCAUACGGUCACGGAAGAGAUCACCGGGAUCGAUCUUGUCCAAUCUCAAGUACGUAUCGCCGAAGGGAUCACUUUACCUGAGCUUGGUAUGACGCAAGAUAAAAUUGUUCCCCAAGGUUUUGCCAUCCAGUGUAGAGUUACAACCGAAGAUCCAGCAAAGAAUUUCCAACCAGAUACUGGAAGGAUCGAAGUCUUUCGAUCGGGAGAGGGUAUGGGAAUCCGACUGGACGGUGCAUCUGCUUUUGCUGGUGCUAUUAUUUCACCUUAUUACGAUUCCCUUCUCGUUAAGGUGAUAAGUCACUCCGCAGAUCUUCAAUCGUCCUGCGCUAAGAUGAAUCGUGCAUUACGUGAAUUCCGAGUUCGCGGUGUGAAAACCAACAUACCGUUCUUACUUAACGUUUUGGAAAAUCAAAAAUUCCUCAACGGGAACGUCGACACCUAUUUCAUCGAUGAGAAUCCACAAUUGUUUCAAUUUCAACCGAGUCAGAAUCGAGCUCAAAAAUUAUUGAAUUAUUUAGGGACCGUUCUCGUCAAUGGACCUAGCACACCAUUGGCUACUACUCUAAAACCAGCAGAAAUCAAACCUCACGUUCCACAGAUUGCUUUAGACUUUGCUAAGCUUGCAGCUGCAGAGGAGAACAAUGAUCCAGAUUCACCAGGAGUUAUGGACCCACCGAAAGGUUUUCGUCAUAUCUACAAAGAACAGGGACCAGAAGCAUUUGCCAAAGCUGUUCGCCAACACAAAGGUGUGUUACUGAUGGACACGACAUUCCGUGAUGCUCAUCAAUCUCUCUUAGCUACUCGCGUCCGAUCUCACGACCUUCUAACGAUCUCACCAUUUGUGGCACAUAAAUUCAACAAACUCUACUCUUUGGAGAAUUGGGGAGGUGCAACCUUCGACGUAGCAUUAAGAUUUCUACACGAAUGCCCGUGGGAACGUUUGGAAGAUAUGCGUAAAGCCAUUCCCAAUAUUCCUUUCCAAAUGUUAUUAAGAGGUGCUAAUGCAGUCGGUUAUACGAAUUAUCCGGACAACGUUGUCUUCAAAUUUUGCGAAUUAGCCGUACAAAUGGGCAUAGACGUUUUCAGGGUGUUCGAUUCGUUGAAUUACAUGCCUAACUUGAUCAUCGGAAUGGAAGCAGCUGGUAAAGCCGGUGGAAUCGUAGAAGCUGCUAUCUCAUAUACAGGAGAUGUCAGCAAUCCAGAACGUAAAAAGUACGAUCUAAAAUAUUACACCGAUUUGGCGAGUGAACUAGUCAAAGCUGGCACUCACGUCCUAGCGAUCAAAGAUAUGGCAGGCCUUUUGAAACCAAAAGCUGCGACAAUGCUGAUCGAUGCUAUUAGGCAAAAAAAUCCUGACGUGCCGAUCCAUAUCCAUACUCAUGAUACCGCAGGCGUCGGAGUUGCAUCGAUGUUAGCCUGUGUCGAAAGUGGAGCCGAUGUUGUAGACGUUGCUGUUGACAGCAUGUCUGGAAUGACCAGUCAACCUUCUAUGGGAGCCGUUGUCGCGUCAUUGCAAGGUACACCGAACGAUACCAAUCUGGAUCUGAGCGAUGUCUCGGAAUAUUCAGCUUAUUGGGAACAAACGAGAACGUUGUAUGCACCUUUCGAAUGUACAACGACGAUGAAAUCUGGAAACGCUGAUGUAUACUUGAACGAAAUUCCAGGCGGCCAAUAUACGAAUCUUCAAUUCCAAACGUAUUCCCUUGGAUUGGGUCAAUUCUUUGAGGAUGUUAAGAAAGCAUAUAGAGAAGCUAAUCUUUUACUAGGAGAUAUAAUCAAAGUUACACCUAGCUCGAAGGUAGUCGGCGAUUUGGCACAAUUCAUGGUACAAAAUAAACUAUCCUCUGAAGAUGUACUUAACAAGGCCGAAGAAUUGUCUUUCCCGAAAUCGGUAGUCGAAUUUCUUCAAGGUGCAAUUGGUGAACCUCACGGUGGAUUCCCUGAACCUCUUAGAUCUAAGGUUCUGAAAGAUAUGCCAAGAGUAAAGGGUAGGCCAGGAGCGAACUUGGCACCUUUAGAUUUCGCCAAUUUGAAAAAAGAAUUGCAAGAAUCCCAUCCACAUGUUACGGAAAAGGAUGUUAUGUCUGCGGCCCUAUAUCCUAGCGUGACCAACGAUUACUUGAACUUUAAAGAACAAUUUGGUCCGGUAGACAAACUUGAAACUAGAAUUUUCCUUACGGGACCAAAAGUAGGAGAAGAAUUUGAUGUAACUAUAGAAAGGGGUAAGACGUUAGCCAUCAAAACUUUGGCAGUUGCCGAAGAUCUUACAAAAAAUGGUGAACGUGAAGUAUUCUUUGAAAUGAAUGGACAAUUGAGAUCUGUAUUCAUUAAGGAUAAAGAGGCUGUUAAGGAACUUCACGUACAUCCAAAAGCAGACAAAAGUAAUAAAAAUCAAAUAGGAGCUCCUAUGCCUGGUACCGUCAUUGAUAUCAGAGCAAAAGUUGGUGAUACGGUAGACAAAGGUGCACCUUUGAUAGUCUUAUCUGCCAUGAAAAUGGAAAUGGUAGUACAGGCACCAAAGGCAGGAAAAGUAAAAACGAUAGAUGUUAGCCAAGGAAUAAGAGUAGAAGGAGAUGAUCUUCUAGUGACCCUCGAAUAAGAUGAGCCAAAAUUACAGAAUAUUCAUUAGUCAUUUUUUACAUAAUUCGUUGCAACAGAGAAUCCCUCUGUAUUACAUUAUUUUCAUAAUACAUUUGACAAAUUUUACCAAUCACAGACUAUCAAGUAUCGAGGCACAUUUUCAAAUAUAAAAAGAAUAUAUAUUAUUUUACACAUUCUUCUCUUCUUUUUCAUCUUUGUUUAGAAUAUUUAUAAUUUUAAUAAUGCUAUAAUAGCACAAAAUUUUUAAUAUAUAUAUAUACACAUAUAAGUCUUUAUAAUUCAAUGCUGCCUAAAAUGUCAAUUUAUAUUAGAGAUAUAUAUAUAUAUAUGUUUUAUAAAAUAUUCACAAAACAAAAAGAAUUGGUUGCACGAAAGUAAUAGAUUUUUUAUAUUCUGAUACAUAAAAGCUAUAAAUGAAAGCUCGAAUUCAUUUGUUGGUUCAUUACUAAAAUGUAUCGUACAAUAGUAAUUUUAGUAACCUCACAACAAAUAGAAAUAUGAAAUUUAGAAAACAGGAUAGUUAGAUUUUAUAUAUAUAUAAAGAUCAAUUAUCUAUAUUUAAAAUUGUGUAAAAAAACAAUAACUAUUUUUCUCAAUCUAAAACAGUUCUAGCAAGAAAAUAUCAGUGACUCCUGGGUUUUUGCCAUAGGCUUUAAUUAAAUUGUUAUUUCAGACUAUAUGUACAUACGUCGUAUCUAUCCUGAAAGUUGUCAAUGAUUAACCACCGUCAUAUUCUCUGGUUUCACUGAUAAUUGUAUAUAUAGCCAUAAGUGAAUAUAAGUUUUUAGCUUGUAUUUGUUAUAAAUGUAUAAUUGUAUUUGACAAAAGGGCUCCGUUAUUGUGCUAGUUAAAGUAAUUAUAAUAUUUUAAAGCUGCAUAUUAUUCAUAAUAAAUGUAUGAAAAAGGAAAAAAAAAAAAAAAGAAAAGAAAGAAAGAAAGAAACGGAUCAUUUUAUAUACAAUCAUCAAUUUUUAUAUAGAAACAUUGCUACUUCUCUAACAAUAGUUACAAACAAAAGCAAAUUUAUAACGAUGUUGGAAUUUAUCAAAAACUUGAACAUUUUUUAUGAAAUAAUAAACAGCUAAUACGUAUGUGAAUUUAUCUUCUAUAUAUUAUUGAAAAAGUUUAAAAACAAAUUUACAUACGUACUUGAUGAAGUCAUUCGUCGAAUGUUUCUUUUUAUUUCUCGUGACUAAAUGGAAUGAUGGUUCGAUCUUAAAAUUUUUAUAGCAAAAAUAUCACUUGUUCCGAUCAAUAAAAGAUACGCUUAUACACA